AUGGCCGCGUCGGGAGGAGCGAAGAGCGAGAAGCUGGACGAGGCGCAGGCGCUGGCGCGGAGCUGCGCGGGGAGACCCGACUUCCUGCCGUGCGACGGGCUCUCCAUCUGCGCCACGCACAGCCACGGGAAGUGCUUCAAGCUGCACUGGUGCUGCCACCUGGGCUGGUGUCACUGUAAAUAUGUCUACCAGCCUAUGACCAGUGUGUGCCAGCUUCCCACCACACCAGUCCCUGCCUCACCCUCAGAUCACACCGACACCAUAAACCUGUCAAUCUCCCUGACCGAGCGUCUCCUCAGGACCGCCCCCAAGUUCAGAGCUCCACCAUGCCCAGAGUCCCCCAGAUUCUGCAUCAUCUCUGACCUUUUUGUCGACGACUACAUUGUAAAACGGAUCAACGGCAAGAUGUGCUACGUUCAGAGGCCUCCGUCAGCGGUGCCUGGUCCUCGAGAGCGAGCGCCAGCCUCACCGGCUCAGCCGCCCAAUCAGCACGCACAAAAUCAGCCAUCCCAAGUAGCUCAAACUCCAACCACGCAAGGCCAGAAGGGUCCCAAAAUGGACCACUGCUCCUCACCAUCCAGCUCAGAGGACUCUGGGAUCAACGCCUUGGGUCUGCAUUACGUGGAGUCGUGCGAGGAUGACUCCUGUGAGGAUGAUGACGAGGACGAUGAGGAAGAGGACGAUGAAUUGAGCACAGAUGGAAACUCCAGUCCCGGGAGCCUCUGGGAGCAGGACGAAUGCACUCUGCUCUCGCCAUCCAGGUCGACCGUGGAGAUCAUUGAGAAUAUUGAGACGACUGUCUAACGCAUCAAGACAAGUUUUGUUUUCAUUUUUUUGUUUUGUUUUUACCAUAUUCAUAACUAGUCUUCAACUGGUCGGCAAAAUGAGAGCACAGCCUAAAAGGCAACUGGUCGCAUGGUGAUAAUGACAUGGAAACCUUCUCACUGGUCAACCUCCCAGUCAGACCCUUCACCCUUCAUGCCCUCUAUACACGAGUCUCCUCUUUGCAUGGUGACCCUGCUAUGGAUUAUACACAGUAGAUUUCACAAAUACAUUCCUGCAUGUAUGUAGUACCACGGUUUGGCCAAAUGAAGCUGUUGCGCAGAUUCUCUGCACAAGCUAAAAGAGCGAGAAAAUGAAAAUGAACUGUGACACAUACACGAUCCCACAUUUCCUCAGCAAACAAGAAGGAGCUAGCACAUACACUACAGGAAUAACCUUGUAUGGAUAUUGUCUCUCUUCAAGGACCUGAAUAUUAAAUACAUCACAAACGAAUGGAGGAGAAUAUGAUAGGCAAUAAAAAGGAGGCAAUAGAGUGAAAAUAUGAAAUGUCAUCUUCUGUAGAAGAGAGGGGAAGAAAAGUGGAAGAAAUUGAGAGAGAAGGGCAGAAAGGGUGAGAGGCUCUUCAGUCUCUUUUAAGCAGGCACCAUUUGAAGUGUGACUAAAUCAUGCAUGAGUUCAGAAGACUGUAAGGAUGCGAUGUGAAGAAAGACCACAUAUUCGCAAGUCUCCACAGAGCAUCAGCUUACAUCUUCCUUUCAAUUUUUCCUUCCUCAACCGAGACGAGCCCCGCAGCUUUCAGGAGAUUUAGCCGAAUGAAUUCCAAUGUCUUGACAAUCAUUUAAUGAUAUAGAUCUAGGGGUAGUUUCAAAGAACUGAUUAUCAGCAAAACUUCAAGGGGUGAGAUGGUGGUGUUAUGUCCUCCUUAAAGCACAGCGUGGAUACUUUGAACCCUUCCUGUAGCGGUUUGAAAUGUACCACACCGCCGUCAUCACUGAAACCAAAUCAAAGCUUGAGUUCAGACAGCAGCAGUUAGUUCUCUGAGGAUGUUUAUUGCCAACACUCCUUUUUUUUUCCCCCUAACAAAAUACUCACAGCCUAUUUAAUAUCCAAUGAUGUACGACCUAAGCACACGAUGAACUCUCUUACUGUCUUUGGAUGUGUGGAAGUGAUUAUCUAUUUUAUACUACUAUAGGCAUCUGUGGCCAGAGGUCAUCUAACAUCCUUAGAGACACAUUUUAUAGUGCUUUGAAGCUGGCAGCCCACACGUUAAAAGCACAGCCUGCAUGGACCUGAAAGCUACGAGCCAACAGAAUUUAAUACCAAGCAUUAAAAACCACUUCAGCCUGGCCGACAACCACUGAUUAUUAAUGCAAGUGCAUGAAAUCGCUACAGUCUGAUAUAAUCGUGAUGAUUUAGCUAGUCUCAGACGUAAAUGAGAUUAAAAUGAUGCCCAGGACAAAGUGAUCUAGCCAUCCCUUUUCACUGCAUUAUACAACUGUACAGUACUUUCGUUCUGGGUUCAUAAAUCCCUGACGUGGGAUUAUAGUAAUAUUUAAAAUUGCAGUUAAGGAAGAGACUGUUAAGGAUCACUGACCCGAUCGCUGUCCUCCCCCGGAGUGGACGCUAAACUUUUGUCGAGGAUCCGCUCCUGUCCGUCUCUGAUGAUGGCUCCAGUCUGUGAUAAUAGCGUCUCUGUUUAUAAGCACAGAACUUUGUCACUGCCUGAGCAGAAGAGUCCAUUUUGAAGCUGCUUAAGUAGAAAACCUAAUGGACCUGUCAUGCAGCCCUGAGGAACCCCCCACACACACACACACAAACACAAACACACUCAAUUAUUUGUAUGAGUACCUCUCCCGCUGGUGGAUAAAUAAAUGGGUGUCCCUGUAUCUCUGCAGUUUUAUAUCAGGGAAUAAUACUGUAGCUAUAAACAUGUACUGUAGAUACACAAAUGUUUAUCUCGCCUUUAAAUAAACCCCUUUCUUAUAUCA